UCAAGUGCUCGGGAAACUGUUCUUCUGUUUGAUCCGAGAGUAAGUUGGAUACAGGUGCGAUCUAACUGCAACUCCAGCGGAUGAUCGCGGACACGUAUCUGGAUUAAAGUAGAUCAUAUCUGAUCAAGCGCAAGAUGAAGUCUGCUGCGGCUGGUGAUGAAGCACUCUUCACUGAGAGCUACUGUAACAUCUGCAACGCUCAGCUGAUCUCUGAGUCUCAGCGUGUGGCACACUAUGAGAGCAAGAAGCAUGCCAACAAAGUGCGUCUAUUCUACAUGCUCCACCCAGAAGAUGGAGGUCCACCAUCCAAAAGAUUAAGACCAGACAAUCCGGACAGUGCCGAGAAUGAGGUUGACAGAAACAAAUGCUGUACACUCUGUAAUAUGUUCUUCACAUCUGCGAUUGUGGCUCAGUCGCACUACCAGGGCAAGACGCACGCUAAAAGAGUCCGCUUGGUGUUGGGGGAGACUCCGAGUCUGCCGACACCCACAGAUUCGGCUCCGCCCACCCCACAGCCCACAGAUCCACCCACAGAUCCGCCCACAGAUCCGCCUCCCCCCUCGUGGCCCCACCUAGCAAAUCACGGUGAAGCGGGCAAGUACUGUUGCCUAUGUGGCGCCUGGUUCAACAACCCGCUGAUGGCACAGCAACACUACGAGGGCAAGAAGCACAAGAGAAAUGCGGCACGGGCACGACUACUGGAGCAGCUGGCCGGCAGCCUAGAUGCCAAUGAAAGCACAGGUCUGCGUCGGAGUUACUCUUGCAGCGUUUGUAAAGUGGUCCUGAACUCCAUCGAGCAGUAUCACGCACAUCUCCAGGGUUCCAAACACCAAAACAAUUUGAAACAGCAUCAACAAUGAAGAACUUAAAACACUGUAGCUGAAACCGAGAGUGUUGUGCGAGUUUACGGAGCUGCACGGACUGAAACUUACCGCCGGAUCAUUCGAUAUCUGAGGUUCCUCAGCACUCAAUUGUGUUUUGUAUUCACAAUCAACAGCUAAAAGACUGAUCUAUUUUGGGAAUAUCAUUGAUUGUUCCCGAGCAAAAGGAUGUCUGUGGUGUUGAUGUGUGAAACUAAUGGAACAAAACCAGCGAUCUUCAUGUAACGUUAGCACACCAGCCUGAAUCCACACGGAAUGUGCCAGCUACUUUUAUUUUUGCCUUUCAGACUCUCGUACGCAGUGGCCUGUCUUCAAAUGGGUCAUCGCUGCUUUGGUUGUUCACUUUAGCAUGCCGAUGACAGACAAAUAUCAAAUAUCAUCAACCUUUUUACAGUGACUCUGUUCUGGAGAUUUCUCACUUGUGCGUGAACGCUGCCAGCGAGGAGUCGAUUCAGCUGCCUUCGUGUGAAUUCUGUCUUGGCUGUUGUCGAGCGGCACAUUUUCUGCGCCGUUUUUCAAGGCUGAACUCAAUUCGUGUUUAUUCGCACCUCAGCGUCGUUUCUACAAGAACAUUUCUGCAGUCUUAUGCUGCUUAAUCGUUGAUGUCAAAUGGAAUAUACCAUUAAUAUAAAGGAGUCCAGAUGCAGCGUGUAGACAUUUGUCACGGUGACUCAAUCGUUGAUAAGUGAUUCAGGCACUGAGCUUCAUCCUAAUCUAUGCCAAAAUGACUGCCUGUAACACCCGAGCUCAGUGCCUGCUGUCUGAAGUAUGAAUGCUCUUCAUGUUUGCUUUCUUCUGAUGUGGCGUAGGAAUCGCAGCGUUUUUGGUGUAUUUGUUGUUUUACGGUAGCUACUAAAGUACGACCUGGGGCCUCAUUUAUAAAUAUCUCUGAUCAUGUUUGAAUUGUUCCAAAAUCAACCCUUUCUUUGUGACAUGAUAUAAAGCAAGUGCAAUAUGUUUUUACAUGUCAGCGUGUCGUUUGACUGAAAAAGGAUGCUAUUAGGACCUACUUUCCAAUUUGUAAAUAUAUGAACAUUUGAUUUAUCCCUUUAUUAAUCCCUUUACAAAUGUUAAGCACUUUAACAUCAAAUCCAUGAAAUUUGGUUUGUAUGUAAAGAGGCAACCAUAUGUUAAGACUUCUGAAGCCAGAAGAUAGCUGUGAUGAACAGAUCACAAUUUAAAUCACUUUUUUAAGUGAUAUUGAAGUGUUUUAUUGUAAAAUGUUUAUUUCAUUUUAUUUUUAUUUCAACCAAUGGUCAGACUUUAUACUUUCAACAAUCCAGUACAUUUUCUAAGCCCCGCCCUAUGUUUUUAUUUCACUAACCAUUUUACUCAAAUAUGAGCACUUCCUUGAAAAUGUCAACCUUACCACAAAUUUUUUAGUUUUUACUAUGGUUUGGUGGUUCAAAUACCCAUGUGAGAUCUUCUCUUCAAAGCAUUUGUUUUAUUUUUAGUGCAUGAUCUUUCAUAGUCAGGUAAUUACCAUUUGUUACCAGAUUGUCACAUCCAUAACGCUGCAUAUUCCUCAUAAAUGGACACAUGAAAUUUCAUAUAAAGUAACAAUUUUAUGUUCUAUAAAGAGGCAUCUCUUCUCCAUUCAUUGAGUAUUAUUGCUUUAAGAUUGUGCAUUUUAUUUGAUAGAAAUCCUACAAAGUUUACUGUCUCCCAAAGACCGCAUCGAUUUUUGUCAUAACACAUGUUUAUUUCCCUUUUUUUAAAUAUCAUUUUUUUUCAUAGACUUACAUUUUUUGAUGUUUAGACUCUAUCAACAAGGGUUCAGUAAAAUAUAAACAAAUGGUUCAAUAUAAUUGUAACAAAUUAAUUCUCUGAGCAUUUUUAUGUCACAUCCAUAAUGCAAAAUGUCACUUUCAUAAUUCUGGAAAUGCCCGUAUACUGUACGUCACAAUAUGAAAAACGUUUCAUGCCGAUUUUAAGUCAUUUCUAGCAUAAAAUCUUCACACCGUUAAAGUUAACAUAAAUUACAUUGCAUGUGCAUUUUAUAAAUGAGGCCCUUGUUCUGAAAUUCUGUCAGAAUUUGUGACAUUUAUGCAAAACAGUAUCAUGGUAGCGACCAGGCCAGAUGUUUUAAAAUGGCAUGGUUGAAUAAUGCAAAAACUAGUUUUUGUAAAUAAUCGAUACUGAAUAAUAUUGUUAGUAAUACUUUUAAACUAGGAUUAUUAAUAUUGUGGAGUAUUUACUUGAAGAUUUUGUGUGCUGCUUGAACAAUAAGUGAUUGAUUUUGCUUUGAUGAAAGACAUCUGUUGACGAGAGCACACAUAAUGAUGUCAGUGUUUUUAGUGCAAUGACGUCCUUUACAGAAGACGAUAUUUGUAUGACAGAAACAGACAGGAUUAUACGACUUGUCUUGUGUUGUGGUUUCCUAUCACUGCUUUGCCAGAAAUGUCAGAAAGCUGCCAAGAAUCAAGGCAAUAGACACAAAACUGAGUUCCAACACAUACAAGUGAGAGUCAUGAAGUGAUGCAGAUAUUUGAGAACUAACUCAGGCUGUUUAGAAGUGUCUGUUUGUAUCAGUUCUUGUCUCAAGCCUUUUACUGACCAUGUGAACUCAAUUAUCAGUCUUGCUGUCCAUAAAAUGGAACGCAGUUUCAACUACAAAUGGAUGAUGAAUAUUUUAUGGUUAUAUGCUGUGGGCUAAAAUAAUUUAUUUAUUGUAAAAAAAUAUAUAUUAAAUACAACAUAUGAAAGCAUAUGUAUGUAAAUCUACGUUUUUUUGUGA